GGUUCUCAGCUGUCAAAAAGACAUUUCAAAGUGUACAACUUGACAGAUCUAAAAAAUUGGAAUAUAGGACUAGGAUGUGUCUACACGCUGUACGCGAGUGGUUGGUGCUGCUAACCAUGGAGAAGUACGCCAGUAAAUUUCUGGAACGGGGCUACGACAGCAUUGCCCGCUGCAAGUUAAUUAUCGCCAGCGAUCUAGUCAUGCUGGGAGUGGAUAUUCCUGCCCACAGAAAGCUCCUGCUCGAUGGAGUCCAGUUCCUGAACAACGCACCCGAAAAGUUCAUCUGCACGGAGCCUUGUGAGCUGCACAAUCAUGUCGAACUGAAACUGGAUCCGGAUGUGGAGUAUGCUUCGUUGAAGAGCUUGGAAAAUCUGGAUUUCCCAAAAGCACCUGUUGCGAAUUGGCUAGCAUCCCCGCCAAAGAUGGUCAAAAGAGGCUUUACUUGGGGCUUUUGCGGCUUGAAUGUCAAAGGUGUGGAUCAGUUAACUUCUGAUAGUGCAUCUAACUAAAUACAAAAAAGUAAAAAAUAUAAUAACGUGUAUAUAUUUUAUAAUAA